AUGAAGCUCUCUCUUGUGACACUAGCAACCCUAGUCGGGGCUGCCGUUGCUGAUUUGGACCCCAUUGUUAUCAAGGGAUCCAAGUUCUUCUACUCCAGCAAUGAUACCCAAUUCUAUAUGCGUGGUGUCGCCUACCAGCAAACCGCUGAUGGUGAUGACUACACCGACCCUCUUGCGGAUGCAACUGCUUGUGCUCGUGAUGUUCCUAUUAUGAAGGAGCUGCGUACUAACGUAAUCCGUACCUAUGCCAUCAACGCUACUGCUGACCACUCGGAAUGCAUGAAGCUUUUGUCUGAAGCUGGCAUCUACCUGAUCUCUGAUCUCUCCGACCCCUCGCAAUCUAUUGACAGAAGCGACCCCUCCUGGGAAACUACCCUUUACACUCGCUAUACCAGCGUCAUCGACGAGUUGUCUCAGUAUAACAACACUAUUGGUUUCUUCGCCGGAAAUGAAGUUUCCAACACCGUUGCCACCUCCGAUGCCAGCGCCUUCGUCAAGGCUGCUGUUCGUGAUAUGAAGAAAUACAUCAAGCAGAAGGGCUACCGCUCGAUGGGUGUCGGAUAUGCUACCGCUGACGUGUCCGCUAUCCGUGAGAACAUGGCCGACUACUUUGACUGUGAGGAUUCCGACGAGACCAUUGACUUUUGGGGAUACAAUAUCUAUUCGUGGUGUGGUAACUCAACCUACUCGGAGUCUGGAUACAAGGAUCGUACAGAGGAAUUCGCCGACUACUCUGUUCCUGUCUUCUUCGCUGAGUACGGUUGUAAUGAUGUCACACCCCGCCAGUUUACUGAGGUUAAGGCCCUUUACGGAGAUACCAUGGCUGAGGUCUGGUCCGGUGGUAUUGUGUACAUGUACUUCCAGGAAACAAACAACUACGGUCUUGUUUCUGUUGUCGACAGCACUAGCGUGAGCACUAUGGCCGAUUUCAAGUACUAUUCCAGCGAGAUCGCUAGUGUCAACCCCACUGGUACCAACAAGGCCUCCUACACACCCACCAACACUGCUCUUCAGAGCUGUCCUACCGUUGGUACCAGUUGGGCAGCUAAGGCCUCUCCCCUUCCCCCUACCGUUGAUACCAACCUUUGUGAAUGCAUGUACGAUGCCUCUGGUUGUGUUGUAUCCGACUCCCUCUCUACCAGCAAGUACGCCAAGCUGUUCAGCACUGUUUGUGGAUAUACCGACUGCAGUGGACUCGAUGCCAACGCUACCACCGGCGAGUAUGGUGCCUACAGCAUGUGUUCCACCAAGCAGCAGCUUGCCUUUGCUCUUAACAAGUAUUAUGUUGAGCAGGAUCGUGAUGCCUCUGCUUGUGACUUCUCCAGCUCCGCCACCACUAAGGCUACCACCGCAGCCACUGGGACUUGCUCGUCCCAGAUGAAGCAAGCUGGUACCGCCGGUACUGGUACUGUGACCACUGAAGCCACUGCCACCGCUGCCUCCGGCUCUUCCUCGACCUCGACUUCUUCCAGCGGCGCGGCUCUCAGCAUCCACUCCAGUUCGCCCUUCGGUUUCUUCCAAGUCACUGCUUACUUGGCCACCGCACUUCUAGCGGGUGUUGGUAUGAUUGCUUUGUAA